AUGGCUGAGGAGGGUAUCGGUGAUACCCCGACCCUUCAAGCUCAAGACACCCCGAUGUCUGAUCAGGCCGUUACUGACUCGUCGACUUCGACCGUGGUCUCUCCCCCAGAGACCGCGCUGAUAACUGCCCCUCCUCCGAUGGAGCUCUCCUCGACUGAGGGCCCGUCUACAGGCACAACUUGCACUGUGGAUAUGGUCACCCCUGCUUCUCAGGCAGAGUAUCAGGCUGAUGAGUUCCUGGAAGCUAUGAGCGCUGCUCUGAGCCAAGGACUGAACUCUGCUUUAGUCCAGGGUCAGGGACAGGCCUCGAGUGCCCAGGAACUGCAGGAGGCUCCUGCUCACACCCAGCUUCCGAGACCGAGCUCAGAUCUGGUCCAGGAACAGAGCCAGACGUCGCCUGCCCAGAACCCGCAGAAGGGCUCUGAUAAGCCCAAAAUUCCGAGCCAAGGGCGGAUUUCAUUCCGUGAAACCCCUAUAGCUCAUUCGUCCGUUCCAACCCCGAAUCGAAGGAAUGCCCAGACCUGCAUGCCUGGAAGCAUGAAGCCUAAGAAGGGUCUACUUGGACCGAACUCGUCUGAGACCUCGCGCAUGACUGCUUUACUCCCGGAGACCUUCCAGACGCAGUUGGUCUUGCGUGGAGCUCCGAAUGCACCUGUGCUGCCGCGACAGAGCUCUGGCAUGACGCAAAACGUUCCGGCGUCCGGUGCUUGGAAUGGGUUUGGGUCCACUUCAUACGGCGCACCAUCUCGCCAAACUCCUUUUGGUGAGCCUUUGAAACCUGCGGAGGAAGGUGAGAUACGCCGUCCCCAGGCAAAUUUGACAUCCGUCCCUCAACUUGUACCGGGGAUGGACGGGCAGCAUGAUGAUGACCAGAUCACUCUGGGAUCCCUUGUGCUAGAAAACUUGUCGGAUCACGAAACGCUGUUCUACUUUGGUGCGUUGUGUAUUAUGGCUCGUUUAAAUCCACAGUUCUUGUUCAAGUAUGGCGGCAGGAAUGGAAAACAGGUCGGCGCGCGCCUGGUUAUGUACGGGCACACCAUUCUGGUCGCACCUGAUUUAGAUUCAGCGUCUAUUGCCAGAGCGGUGGCCUGUCGCCAGGCCUUGAUCGAGCUGCGGAAAUACCAUCCAGAUUGGAUGGUUCCUCCGCUGCCGGUCAAUGGGGCAACUCAACCCCAGUGGAAUUGGGUUAACCUACUCGGUGGUUUCUGCGAACAGGCCAACUGGCCGGCGCCCAUGUACAACACGGCUAUCUUGGGAAACCAGUGGCAUAGUGAGGUCGGCGUCAAAGGCUUCUACUUUCGCACCUUCAAGGGGUGUGGAAGUAUGAGCGAGGCCCAGAACACCGUGUCCCAUCAUGCUUUGCACCAGCUUUUGGUCAUGGAUGACAUUGAUGUGGCCAAUAUCUUGCCUGUGAACUCUCCAAUGCUGGUCUUCCCGGAGGCCAAGAAGCCCGUGACGCCUCUUAGUGAGGAGGCCAUCCGCAACAGGUCUCGCCUGUUGCUGAAUGCUAUUGGGUCUUUGAGAUCCUACCCCGGUGAGACCAGCAAAUCUCAGUCCUUGCAGAGCACCGUGGACGCUCUGAAUUCCCGUCUUCGGAAGGACGAGAUCAAGCAACCAGGCACCAUCUCCGGGCUGUCUGGAGGCAAGAUCUCCAAGAAGCCGGUGAAGCCGACAAAGCCAGGACAAAAGAAGGGUGAGAAGAAGCCAGCUAUUCCUCCUACCAAGCCGAAUAGCCGGCCUCCGCCUCCCCCACGCCCUCCUCCCCAGGGAAGGCCACCGGGUUGGCGGCGGGGGGGACGCAGUUCUCGUCGAAGCCAUGGACGCCUUUCCCCUCAUCCGCAACCCAAGGCCAAAGGGAAGAUUAAGGUCGUCGAUGGCUCUCGUCCCAAAACUCCUCCAGGAAACGCCAAUCUUGUGCCUCUGGAGAACGCCCGACUGGAUCCCAUGGAAAUGGAGGUCGAGGUAGUCGUAGAUCCACUGGCAACAUUGAAGGCGAUCCAGGACGGACUGCAGACCUUGAGCCCCCACGCCUCCUUCCUGCGAUUGAUGAAGAAAAUGUGCUUCGUCCUGAAGAUUAAAGAGCCAGAGAUCCGUUGCACGCAAGCCGUGGACAACGGUUCUAGUCCAAUGUAUGCUCACUUCGAUGAUCCCAAUCCCUACCUCGUUCGCGCCAGCCCCGUGUUCCUCGCCAACGGACGCUGGGCCGAUGAAGAGGCUGCGCGCUCGCUGGGCGUGAAGAAAAUCAUCCUCUUCUUGCUGAAUAUGUGCAAAGACGAGGUUGAUAUGGGUGUCCUCGAGGCUGGCUGGGAGAUAGAACUGAAGUUCUUGAGUAAAUUGGAACGCGAGAUUGAAGAUCGGGUGCAUCUGAUCGAAAACUGA